GCGCUAAGGGAGAGGAAUCAGGGUAGGGAGGGAGGGAGUGAGGGGAAGGGAGGAAGUCCACACAAGUUUUGUUUAAACAGGACUGCGGCCGGGCCGGGAACUUACCACGGUGCUCCAUCUGAAGGUCGGUAGCCGUGGGAGAAGCGAAGCUAACGGGCGCAGCAGAGCAAAGAGGAGCUGGCCAGAGACUUCCCUACGGCCAGGAGCCACAGACAGAGACUGACAGAGAGGGAGGAUUAGUGCUCCACUGGGCAAACACACAAACAUGGCUGCUGAAUCUCUGACCUGCCUCUGCCUUCUCUGCAUCCUAUCGGGGAUCUCCUAUCCAGCUUCUGGGGCCAGGCUUGGGGAACAGCAACAGCAACAGUUUCUGCUGAAAGUGUGUGCAAAGGGAUUCUUCCUGAGUGAACAGAGCAUAUGCUUGCCAUGUAACUGUAAAGGCCACGCAGACUACUGUGAAGACAUCACUGGCAUUUGCAUAAACUGUAGGGACCACAGUACUGGGGAUUUCUGUGAAAUGUGUGAAGAUGGCCACAUGCUCGCUCACAGUCCGGACGGACGGCAUUCCUGCAGACCCUGCACCUGCCCCCUCUCUGUCCACUCCAACAACUUUGCGGUGCGCUGUGACAAAGGAGGUGGCAGUCUACGGUGCAAGUGCCAAGAGGGCUACGCCGGACAUCUCUGUGAGAGGUGUUCUCCGGGCUUUUACGGUAACCCAAUGGUGAUCGGUAAUUCCUGUAAGCGAUGCAACUGCAACAGCAACUCUGACCCUAACCUGAUCUUCAACGAGUGUCACAACGUGACGGGCCACUGCCAGCACUGCUGGGGCAACACCGGCGGCGCCAACUGUGAGAGGUGUGCCCCAGGUUUCUACGGCGACGCCAUUAGCGCCAAGAACUGCAAAGAAUGCGAGUGCAAUGAAUGUGGCACCUCUUCAUGCGACGACAGGAAAGGAGUGUGUCACUGCAAGCCGGGUGUCACCGGACGACUGUGUGACCGAUGCGAGGAGGGCUACUUCGGUUUCUCCGGCUGUCAAGGUUGCCGGAGGUGUGAAUGCGGGCCUGCAUCCAUUCGCCCCACCUGCCACCCCCUCACCCACAGCUGUCCGUGCCGCCCAGGCGCCGGAGGUCGUUACUGCGAGCGCUGCCUCCCAGGCCACUGGGAUUAUAGCUCUGCCGGGUGCCAGAAGUGUGACUGUGAGAGCGGCCACUGUGAUAUGCACACUGGAGAGUGCCUAGCAGAGGCUGCAACAGUCAAUCUGUGCAACAUCAGUUGUGAUGAGUGCAUUUGGCAUCUAAUCGGGGACUUGCGUAUGUCCAAUAAGACGCUGGACCAGCUGAAAGUCGGUGUGCUGAACAUCUCCACUGGCGCUGCUGCCAACGACAGGCUCAAGUACUACAACUAUACCGCCCAACAACUGCAGAAACAGUUUCAAGGCUGGAGAAACAAGUCAUCUUUGAUUAAGCCUCAAACUCUAGAGCUUGAGAAGGCCACAGACGCUGUGGUGAUGGACAUCAAACAGCUGGGAGAAUCGGAGAGUGUGGUGAAGACGCUCGGGAUGAUACUGCAAAACGACACGCUUGAGACCGUCACCCUGGCUGAGCAGCUCAGCACAGACCUCACUGAUCUCAACCUACGCAUUGAAGAGAUGAUCCAUGACUGGGAGCUGUACAGUGUUCACCAGGACGUGGACCCGGAGGUGGCCAGGCAGAAUACUGAGCAGGCCUAUGCAAUGGUGACCUGGAUGAGGACAUUGGAUCUGUCCCCACGAGAGCCCAUCGCCACCGACGAGUCGACUGAAGCCCAUGACCUGCUGAGGCGCAUACGUCAGUUGGAAAAGAAGUUGAUGAUCACGGACGGCCGCCUCUCACCCGUCAGGGAGAUUCUGUCCCGCUUCUCCGCCAAGCUGUCGGACGCUCGGGGCUUCCUGCAGAAAGCCGCCGACACAGUCCGGGAGACUGAGGACGUGAACAGAGCCAGCAUCCUGAAAUUCCAGAGCCGUGAGGCGAAGCUGCAGAGGUUGGCCGAGGACCACGCCACUGUCAACGAUACACUGGGAAUAGCCAGAGGCUCCAUCUCUAAGACAGAGAAGUCUGUGGCUGAGGUUGAUGCAAUGGUUCAGAACGUGACCGAGUACCAUGCAGCGAUCGAUGGCGCCAACCAAAGGCUAAUGGAAAAGACCGAACGUCUCUCGCUGGCCGACAGAUAUCUGGUGCAGAGGGCCGAUGAGCACGCCGACGAGCUGGACAGACAGGCCAAUGACUUGGAGGACGAUCUGAGAAAGAGUGACGCCAAUGGCUUCGUGCAGAAAGCCAUAAGUGCAGCCAACGUCUACAACAACAUCGUGAAAUACAUUGAUGAUGCCAACAUCACAUCGCUCACCACCCACAACUUAUCCCAUCAAGCUGAAGACGCCAUCACUGGAAUAAAUACGCAGCUUGAGUACCUAGUAAGGCAAAGCAACAAUGUUUUUAAGGAGUCUGUUUCAUUACAUUCAGAACAAAAAGAGGCCGAAGACGAGGUGGCUGACAAGCGCAAAUACAUCGAGGAGACCAAAGAGACCGUGGAUAAAAACACCCAAAAACUUGCAGAAAUAGUGGAGGAUAUCAGUGGAAUUUAUGCAGACAGAACACCACAGCGACUGGAGUUUACCCUCAGAGUGGCUGAGGGGACUCUCAACCGCUCGGCAGAAGUCCUUCAGACCAUCAACCCCAUCAGCACCAAAGUGGAGGAGUGGGCCAACAACAUGAGAAACAACGACUACUCUGCAGCUGCUUACGAGCGGGCUGUCCUUUCUGCCGGUGAAGCAGUGGACAGCCUGAAUGUGCUGGUUCCCAGGCUGCUGGACAGGCUGAAGGUGGUCGAGGAGAAGAAGCCUGUCAACAACGUGACCACCAACAUCAUGAGGAUCAGAGAGCUCAUAGCUCAAGCCAGGAGUGUGGCCAAGAAAGUACAAGUGUCCAUGAAAUUUAACGGUCAGUCUUCAGUCGAGAUUCAUCCUCACAGCAACCCAGAAGACCUUAAGACAGUGACGUCCAUCAGCCUUUUCCUGAGAGUGGAUCCUGACAAGGAUCCUAUAGAAGACCGUUUCAUCUUGUACUUGGGAGACAGAAAUGGUAAGAGAGACUACAUGGGGCUGGCCAUCAAGAAUGACAACCUGGUGUUCGUGUACAACCUCGGGGGGGAAGAUGUUGAGAUCUCAUUGGGUUCAAAGCCUGUCAGCCAGUGGCCCGCAGUCUUUAACUACAUCAAAGUGGAGAGGCUGGGCAGACAUGGAAAAGUCUUCCUGACCAUCCCCAGCCAGAGCUCCAACGACGAGCAGAAGUUCAUCCAGAAAGGUGUCGCUCCAGGCACGGACUCACUGUUUGACCUUGACCCUAAGGAUAUUGUGUUCUUUGUUGGUGGCGUCCCCCCAGAAAUGAGGCUUCCACCUCUUCUGAGUCUAGCUCCUUUUGUGGGCUGUAUCGAGUUGGGUUCGCUGAACAAUGACGUGUUCAGUCUAUACAACUUCAAAGAGACUCACAAAAUGGACGUUGUUGCAUCAACUCCGUGUCUCAGGUACAAGUUGGCAUUUUCCCAGAGUCGCAUUGCCAGCUACCUGUUUGAUGGAACGGGCUACGCACUCAUCAAUAAUAUUGAGAGGAGGGGCAAAUUUGGUGUCGUCACAAGAUUUGAUAUUUCCGUGCGAACCGUCGCCAACAACGGUGUCCUUUUACUCAUGGUCAAUGGGGAUAAUUUCUUCCUUUUAGAGUUAAAGAAUGGCUUCCUGCGCCUAAUGUACAAUUUUGGCUUUAGCAAGGGGCCACUUCUCAUGGAAAAUAACUCACCGAAGCUGCAAAUAAACGAUGCGCGAUACCAUGAGGUGUCCUUAAUCUACCAUCAGUCCAAAAAAGUUAUCCUACUGGUGGACAAGAGUCACGUUAAAUCAUUGGAGAAUCCAAAAACCACACUGCCGUUCUCUGAUAUCUACAUCGGAGGGGCUCCCUCGAGCAUUCUCAAAUCCAGGCCCGAGCUGUCUGCUGCGGUAGGCCUGAAAGGCUGUGUCAAAGGUUUCCAGUUCCAGAAGAAAGACUUCAAUCUGCUGGAAGAGCCUGGCACCAUUGGUAUCAGCAGCGGCUGCCCAGAGGAGUCCUUUAUGUCCCGGAGAGCUUAUUUCACCGGAGAGAGUUACCUGGGAUCCACAGCAAAGAUUUCCCCCUUCAGCAACUUUGAGGGAGGACUCAACUUCAGAACGCUACAGCCCGUCGGACUUCUCUUCCAUCUGAAUGACGGGUCUGAUGAGUUGAGUAUCUCUCUGGAGAAUGGAGCCGUGGUGCUGAACUGCAGAGGCACUCGAGUAAAAUCCCAUAAGAAACAAUACAAUGAUGGAAGGACACACUUCUUAGUGGCCUCAGUAAACAAUCAGAAGUAUUCACUAGUGGUGGACGACAAGGACAAGCAGGAGAAGAAGCGUCCAUCAUCUGCCACAAGACCCUCCUCAGGUUCUGAGGUGAAGACCUUCUAUUUUGGAGGUUCGCCGAGCAGCAGCUUGAAGAACUUCACAGGCUGCAUCAGCUACGCCUACAUCAACAGACAGGACCGGGACAUUGAGCCGGAGGACUUCCAGCGAUACACAGAGAAGGUUCAGACGUCCCUGCAGGACUGUCCAGUCCAGCGCCCCCCUGCUGCUCUGCUGUCAAGGCACAGGGAAACCACUUCUAGAGCCAAACAAGGCCCAUCACACAAGGUUAGCAGGGAGAAGUCCACCUUACCUUUGGGCCUGAUGGAACUGAAGAGUGACGACCAGGAACCACCAGAGUUGAACGUCGAGCGAUGCUACUUCUCCUCAAGUCCCAGAGCGACCCCCCAAGCCUUCCACUACGGCGGCCUCGCCAACAGCAGGCAGCACUACACAGAUCUCCCUGUCUCUCUCUCCGAGAGGUCCCACUUCUCGCUGUCCAUGAAGACCCACUCGUCGUUUGGCCUCAUCUUUUAUGUGUCGGAUGUCGAGGAAGACAACUUCAUGGCUCUCUUCCUGGCCCACGGGAAGCUCGUGUACACCUUCAACGUAGCAGACCAAAGAGUGAAGAUCCGGAGCGAGGAGAAAUACAACGACGGUGCUUGGCACAAUGUUGUUUUCAUCCGUGAUGGGAGCACCGGGCGGUUAAUAAUUGAUGGGCUCACAUUGCCGCAAGUCAGAGUUCAGGAAGGCAACAUUUCCUGGAAUGUCAGCAGCCCCUUUUAUGUCGGGGGAGUUCCUCCAGAGAAGGCCCAAAAGAAUAUUCAGAGAAACUCUGCGUACAGCUUUACUGGCUGCCUGAAGAACAUUCAGCUCGACGGGCAGUGGCUGUCCUCCGUGUCGGAGACUUUUGGGGUGACCCCGUGCUUCGAGGGACUAUCUGAGGCGGGAACAUACUUCUCAGAGGGAGGAGGAUAUGUCAUCCUGGAUGAAACAUUCGACCUGGGGUUAAAGUUUGAGCUAGCGAUGGAGGUGCGCCCCCGCGUGGCAUCGGGGGUGCUGCUGAAUGUGCGCACCGCCGAGGGCUACUUUACCAUGUACAUUCAUCAAGGGACGGUGGUGGUUCUUGUAAACGAUGGGUCUCGUGAGUUCUUCACUAAAGUGUCACCGAGAAAUGGGCUGUGUACUGGCAAGUGGCACAGAAUCACUGUGAUACGGGACGCCAACGUCGUCCAGCUAGAUGUGGACUCUGAGGUCAACCACGUGGUGGGUCCUCUGGACUCCAACUCCACACAUACCAAGAAGCCAUUGUUCAUUGGUGGAGCUCCAGAUGUCUUCCUCCCGGAGGGCAUCGCCACCAGGAGCCCCUACGUGGGCUGCGUGAGGAACCUGACCGUUAACAACAGCCGAGUGAGCUUCAGCAAAGCCGUUCUGGCCAGUGGGGCGGUCAGCGUCGGGACCUGUCCCACAGCAUGACACUGCCGUCCACGCCUUCGCCAUCCCUGAUACUGACGAAAUACGUUAGAAAAGGCUCUUUCUGUCAAGCAUAACCAUUAUGAGAAGCAGCACCACUGUUUGUCACAGUUUCUCUCUUCCACUGUAAUCUUUUCAUUUAUUUUUCUAAUAUUUUAUUUGGGAGCUUUUUUUAAAUGACAAUGUCUCAUGCCAAGAAUACGCUGAAGUUAUCUUAAAUUAAAAAACUUGCAGUAUAAGAUGGAAGCGCCAGGUUCACAACCAUCAACGAGAACCUAUAGUGUAUCCGUGAUUUAGACAUUUGACAUUAUAAAUAAGAUGUUUAUGCAUUUUAUGUUCCACUAUCCCUUUUUUACUCACAAUGACACUUUUUUGUACAAGCUCAUGCUCAAAACAUUUCUUGUCGUACUGUUUGAUAUCUGAUGAAUAAAAGACAUUUCACAUCCA